GAGGGAUGCGGGCGGCAGAGCGCGAGAGGCGGCUCCUAGGCUGCGGGGCGCUUUGACUCUCCCUGCACCCAGCCUCCUUGGGCUCCUGUCAUCUGCCCUCUGGACUCCGGUAUCCUCCUGCUGCCCCGGCUUGCCAGAGCUCUCUGCUUAUGGCAGCCGCUUCCCGCGUCUCCGGAGCGGCUUUUCGGUGGACGACCCUCUCGCUCCCGGGGCUGAGCCGGGUCACUGGAUGUUGCUGAAACUCUGGAGAUCAUGCGUGGGUUUGGCUGCUGCUUCCCCGUCAGGUGCCACUGCCGCCGCCGCCGCCUCUGCUGCCGCCGUCCGCGGGAUGCUCAGUAGCCCGCUGCCUGACCCCCGCGAUCUUGUGUUCUUCGGAAGCCGUUUGCUGCUGCAGAGUUGCGCGAACUAGUCAUGGUGCUGUGGGAGUCCCCGCGGCAGUGCAGCAGCUGGACACUUUGCGAGGGCUUUUGCUGGCUGCUGCUGCUGCCGAUAACGCUACUUAUCGUAGCCCGCCCGGUGAAGCUCGCAGCUUUCCCUACCUCCUUAAGUGACUGCCAAACGCCCACCGGCUGGAACUGCUCUGGUUAUGAUGACAGAGAAAAUGAUCUCUUCCUCUGUGACACCAACACCUGUAAAUUUGAUGGGGAAUGUUUAAGAAUUGGAGACACUGUGACUUGCGUCUGUCAGUUCAAGUGCAACAGUGACUAUGUGCCUGUGUGUGGCUCCAACGGGGAGAGCUAUCAGAAUGAGUGCUACCUGCGGCAGGCUGCGUGCAAACAGCAGAGUGAGAUACUGGUGGUGUCUGAAGGAUCAUGUGCCACAGAUGCAGGAUCAGGAUCUGGAGAUGGAGUCCAUGAAGGCUCAGGAGAAACCAGUCAAAAGGAGACAUCCACCUGUGAUAUUUGCCAGUUUGGUGCAGAAUGUGAUGAAGAUGCCGAGGAUGUCUGGUGUGUGUGCAACAUUGACUGUUCUCAAACCAACUUCAAUCCCCUCUGUGCUUCUGAUGGGAAAUCUUAUGAUAAUGCAUGUCAAAUCAAAGAAGCAUCAUGCCAGAAACAGGAGAAAAUUGAAGUCAUGUCGCUGGGCCGAUGUCAAGAUAACACAACUACAACUACUAAAUCUGAAGAUGGGCAUUAUGCAAGAACAGAUUACGCAGAGAAUGCUAACAAAUUAGAAGAAAGUGCCAGAGAACACCACAUACCUUGCCCAGAGCAUUACAAUGGCUUCUGCAUGCACGGGAAGUGCGAACAUUCUAUCAACAUGCAGGAGCCAUCUUGCAGGUGUGAUGCUGGUUAUACUGGACAACACUGUGAGAAAAAGGACUACAGUGUACUGUACGUUGUUCCCGGCCCUGUCCGAUUUCAGUACGUCUUAAUCGCAGCUGUGAUUGGAACGAUUCAGAUUGCUGUCAUCUGCGUGGUGGUCCUCUGCAUCACAAGGAAAUGCCCCAGAAGCAACAGAAUUCACAGACAGAAGCAAAAUACAGGGCACUACAGUUCAGACAACACAACAAGAGCGUCCACAAGGUUAAUCUAAAGGGAGCAUGUUGCACAGUGGCCGGACUGCCGAGAGCUUGGACUACACAAUACAGUAUUAUAGACAAAAGAAUAAGACGAGAUCUACACAUGUUGCCUUGCAUUUGUGGUAAUCUACACCAAUGAAAACAUGUACUACAGCUAUAUUUGAUUAUGUAUGGAUAUAUUUGAAAUAGUAUACAUUGUCUUGAUGUUUUUUCUGUAAUGUAAAUAAACUAUUUAUAUCACACAA